AAAUUUAAAUAUAAAUAAACGAAACGAAAAAUAAUUUUCUUCAUUUUUUACAAUUCAAUCCUUCUCCUUUCUCUUUCUUCUCUCUUUUCAGGUCUCUGUCUAAAUUUCUCAAUUUCGCCCUCUUUUCUUCGCCUCUCGAUUCUUCGAUUCAGGUUAACUGCUGCACAAAAUGGAGUCUUCCAAAGAAACAGGCUGCCAAGCUCCCGAAGGUCCCAUCCUUUGCAUCAACAACUGCGGGUUCUUUGGUAGUGCAGCCACCAUGAAUAUGUGUUCCAAGUGUCACAAGGACAUGAUACUGAAGCAGGAACAAGCUAAAUUUGCAGCAACAUCAAUUGAAAACAUUGUAAAUGGAAACUCAAGCAGCAAUGGCAAAGAGCCUAUUGCCACUGGUGCAAUCAAUGUUCAACUGGGAUCAGCAGACUUAAAGGUUAUCUCUACAGAAGCAUCGUCUGAUUUAUCCUCAGGUCCAAGUUCAGAGGUGAAGCCAAAAGAGGGCCCAACUAGGUGCACUACUUGCCGCAAGCGUGUUGGCUUGACAGGAUUCAAUUGCAAGUGUGGAAAUCUUUUCUGUGCAGCUCACCGUUAUUCUGACAAGCACGAGUGCCCAUUUGACUAUAAGAAUGCUGGUCGGGAUGCUAUUGCUAAAGCAAAUCCUGUUGUUGUAGCAGAAAAGCUAAACAAGAUCUAGGAAGCAUCUAUUGAAUGUUUUAUAUGAACUGAAGUAUGAUGUUCUUGCUUUAAAUCUGUUGGGUCUUCCUAUAAGUUGGCCUUUUGUCGUAUAAGGUGUCCCUUAGAUUUCGAUGGUAUAAGUGAUGAAACUGGGGCACGUUCAUUCUAUCUCCAGUUUGUAAGUUGUUAUUUAUGCUGGCUUGGUGGAUAUCAUCUUUGGACUCGUCGUCCUUGUUCUUUCUCAAUCUCUCCUUU